GGGCCGUCGCCGCGCCGGACCUCGCCGCGGGCUCGCGCAGCCUGCAUGCAUUCCUGCCACAAGAAAUGUGAAGCUCAGGUGGUGAUUCCCUGCUGUGUACAAGUCCACUUGGAACAGGACCCAGGGAGCUCCACGCCAUCUGCUUCUCUUUGCUGGAAUAAGUCUCUGUGGCCGGAGGUGCCCAGCCCCACGAUGGAGAACAGCCAUGAGCUGGAUCUCACCUACAUCACGGAGCGCAUCAUUGCGGUGUCCUUCCCUGCCGGCUGCUCCGAGGAGUCCUACGUACGCGACCUGCAGGCGGUCACACGCAUGCUCAAGUCCAAGCACGGGGACAACUACCUGGUACUAAACCUUUCAGAAAAGAGAUACGACCUUGCAAAGCUUAACCCGAAGAUCAUGGACGUGGGCUGGCCGGAGCUGCACGCCCCGCCCCUUGACAAGAUGUGUACUAUUUGCAAGGUCCAGGAGUCCUGGCUGAACAGCGACCCUCAGCACGUGGUCGUCAUCCACUGCAGGGGUGGGAAAGGCCGCAUCGGAGUGGUCAUCUCAUCGUACAUGCACUUCACCAGCGUCUCGGCCAGUGCUGACCAGGCCCUGGACAGAUUUGCAAUGAAGAAGUUUUAUGAUGACAAAGUUUCAGCUCUAAUGCAGCCUUCCCAGAAGCGGUAUGUGCAGUUCCUCAGCGGGCUGCUGUCCGGCUCGGUGAAGAUGAACGCUUCGCCCCUGUUUCUGCACUUCGUCAUCCUACAUGGAGCCCCCAGCUUCGACACCGGCGGAGCAUGCCGGCCCUUUCUGAAGCUCUAUCAAGCCAUGCAGCCCGUGUACACAUCUGGUAUCUACAAUGUUGGCUCAGAAAACCCCAGCAGGAUCUGCAUUGCCAUCGAGCCAGCCCAGCUGCUGAAGGGGGAUGUCAUGGUCAAGUGCUACCACAAGAAGUACCGCUCCGCUACUCGUGACGUCAUCUUCCGCCUGCAGUUCCACACGGGCGCCGUGCAGGGCUACGGGCUCCUGUUCGGGAAGGAGGAGCUGGACAACGCGUGCAAAGAUGACCGUUUUCCUGACUAUGGCAAGAUUGAGUUAGUCUUUUCAGCCACUCCUGAGAAGAUUCAAGGGUCCGAGCAUCUGUACAGUGACCAGAGAGUGGUCGUGGACUUUAACACAGCAGACCCGUUGAUCCGCUGGGACUCGUACGAGAACCUGAGUGCAGACGGCGAAGUGCUGCACACACAGGGCCCAGUGGACGGCAGCCUGUAUGCCAAGGUGAGGAAGAAGAGCUCCUCGGAUCUGGGUAUCCCGGGCAGCUCCCAGGGCAUGCCGGUCACCAGCAGUCCAGACCACGGUGACCACACCCUAUCAGUCAGCAGCGACUCUGGUCACUCUUCCGCCUCAGCCCGGACUGAUAAGACUGAGGAGCGCCCCGGCCCUGGAGCACGGAGGGGCCUGAGUCCCCAGGAGAAGGCCGAGUUGGACCAGCUGCUCAGUGGCUUUGGCCUGGAAGAUUCCGGCAGCUCCCUGAAGGGCAUGGCUGAGGUGCGCAGCAAGUACAGUGGGACACGCCACGUGGUACCAGCCCAGGUCCACGUGAAUGGAGACGCUGCCCUGAAGGACCGCGAGACGGACAUUUUGGAUGAUGAGAUGCCCCACCACGACCUGCACAGCGUGGACAGCCUGGGCACCCUCUCCUCCUCGGAAGGGCCGCAGUCGGCCCACCUGGGCCCCUUUACCUGCCACGAGAGCAGUCAGAACUCCCUCCUGUCUGAUGGCUUCGGCAACAGUGUUGCUGAAGACGCGCACGGAGCCCUUUCUCCCGACCUGGGGCUCGGGGCGGAGGCCCCUUAUGAGCGGGAGCAGGGGAGCGGGGGCGGGGAUCCCAGGUUGCUGCACCUCCUGCUCAGGAAGUCUUCGGGGCCCACGCCCACACAGGCCUACGGGCAGAGCAGCUACUCCACCCAGACUUGGGUGCGCCAGCAGCAGAUGGUAGCUGCCCACCAGUACAGCUUUGCCCCCGAUGGAGAGGCCAGGCUGGCCAGCCACAGCGCAGCGGGCGGAGCGGGCCUUGCCCAGCCCCAUGCCCCAGUCACCCCCACCCGUGGAGCUAGCAGCAGAGUGGCAGUCCAGAGGGGCAUCAGCAAUGGGCCGGAUCCCCCUGACCCACAGCAACCCUGUCCUGGCAAAGGGCUCCAGCCCAGGUUUCCGGAUGACAGAGUUGUGAACGGAACCCAUCUGGAGCUGAACACGGGCCCCUCCCCGGGCUCCCCCACCCUGGACAUCGAUCAGUCCAUCGAGCAACUUAACAGGCUCAUCUUGGAGCUGGACCCCACCUUUGAGCCCAUCCCCACACACAUGAAUGCCCUGGGCAUGCCAGCCAAUGGUUCCAUGUGUCUGGAAGGUGCAGGAAGUGGGCUCCAGGCUGGUGGCAGACUGCCUGACCCCACAGAGGGACCCACCAGGAGCCCCAGGAGGCAAGGCUCCUCAGCUGAUGAGCCCCUCAGUGGAAGGUUGCGGAAGCUGAGCCUUGGACAGUAUGACAAUGAUGCUGGAGGGCAGCUGUCCUUCCCCAAGUGUGGAUGGGGAAAGGCUGGCAUGGAUCCCGCCUCCAGCCUGGGGCCAUUCCCCCCUGCCGCAGACAUCAAAGAGACUAUGAUCACUGCAUAUUCUCCUGAUGUUGAUAUGAUCGAUGGCAGGAUUUCAAACAGGAAGGAAUCCAUGUGUCUGACCCCAGCAUUUCCUGUGUCUCCUGAAACGCCAUAUGAACCACGAGGCUGCCCUGAGAUUCCCAGCCACGCCGUGGGGAUGUCGGAGAGCCCUCUUGUUCCCAAACCCGCCAUGCUUCAGGCGGACAUGCCUGUGACCACCUUUGAGCCGGCAUUUGCAUCUGCCUGCACGUCAAGCAACAGCACUGGCCAGAGGAGAGACAGCCCACCUUCUACUGAAUGCCAGUGGGUAGAGAGCAGCCCCAAAUCCACCCUGUCACGGCUGGGGAUCAGCCGACCCUCUAGAAGUCCCCUCGGUGCCCACGACUUCUGCAGCCCUGGCAAGAACUCACCAGGACUAUCUUGCUUCCAAAACUCAGAGCCCCAGGCCUCGUUCCACAGCCAUGAGCUGUCCAUGGCGGAGCCUCGGGACACGCUAGCCUCCUCGGACAGCCAGGCCUUCCUAGGCUUCAGCCCUGUCCCACUGGGAAGUGGCCUUCCACCUGCUGAGGACCACGGGGCCUUGCUGGUCAAUUCCCAUGGAGGAUCACCUGCCCCUGGCACCCCACUGGCAGCGCCAGGGGCUGGCAGCAAUGGCCUCCUGUCCCACAACUUUCUAACGGUAUCGCCUGGGUCCAGCAGCCACCGCAUUCCAGAGCUGCAGGGUCAGCUGAGCCUACCCGGGCAGCCACCCCUUCCUGAGAAGCAGCGAGCUUCAGAGGGGGAUCGUUCCUUGGGCUCAGUCUCCCCCUCCUCCAGUGGCUUCUCCAGCCCCCACAGUGGAAGCACUAUCAGCAUCCCCUUUCCAAGCAUCCUCCCCGACUUCUCCAAGCCUUUGGACACAGUCUCACCUCCGCCAGAUAACCCAAGUGAUAAACUUGUGAUUGUGAAAUUUGUUCAAGACACUUCCAAGUUCUGGUACAAGGCAGAUAUUUCAAGAGAACAAGCCAUUGCCAUGUUGAAGGACAAAGAGCCUGGAUCAUUCAUUGUGAGGGACAGUCAUUCCUUCCGAGGCGCCUAUGGUCUGGCCAUGAAGGUUGCCACACCCCCUCCUUCUGUCUUGCAGAUGAACAAGAAAGCUGGAGAUCUGUCCAACGAACUUGUCCGGCAUUUUUUGAUUGAGUGUACCCCAAAGGGAGUACGGUUGAAAGGGUGCUCAAAUGAACCCUAUUUUGGGAGCCUCACGGCAUUGGUGUGUCAGCACUCCAUCACUCCCCUGGCCUUGCCUUGCAAGCUGAUCAUUCCAGAGAGAGAUCCACUGGAAGAAAUGGCAGAAAACUCUCCCCACACAGCGGCCAACUCAGCGGCUGAGCUCUUGAAGCAGGGAGCAGCUUGCAACGUGUGGUACUUGAACUCCGUGGAGAUGGAGUCCCUCACCGGCCACCAGGCGGUCCAGAAAGCCCUGAGCAUGACCCUGCUCCAAGAGCCUCCCCCCGUGUCCACAGUGGUGCACUUCAAGGUGUCCGCCCAAGGCAUUACCCUGACGGAUAAUCAGAGGAAGCUCUUCUUCCGAAGGCAUUACCCUGUGAGCAGUGUGAUUUUCUGUGCCUUGGACCCGCAAGACAGGAAGUGGAUCAAAGACGGUCCUUCCUCCAAAGUCUUUGGAUUUGUGGCCCGGAAGCAGGGCAGUGCCACAGACAAUGUGUGCCACCUGUUCGCAGAGCAUGAUCCUGAGCAGCCCGCCAGUGCCAUUGUCAACUUUGUGUCAAAGGUCAUGAUCGGCUCCCCUAAGAAGAUCUAACAGCCCCUUAUAGCCCAGUCCCAUCAGCUGCCUCGCAGGGCCCUUGCAAUGGCAGUGGGGUAAAGCGGGGGCCCCCAUUUGUACCAAACUGAUAAUCCUGACAUUCAGCCCAAGAGGGGAAUGUGGCAGCUCUUCAAAAACAAGAACAAUUUCACCGUGAUUGGCCUUUCCGGAAAGUAACUUCUCAUCUGGUCCCUCUCUACAGCCAGGUGUAUGAUGGGUGGACGGAGAUUGGCCCAGAAUAUGCCUACCCAAGGUCCCCAUGAGAAAGGGACAUGCAAGGAGGGGAUAUAAAAGGCAGAGUAGCCAAGUCUCUGGCCUAUCAGCAUCUGUGUAGAUGAGGAGCACCGGCCUGCUUAGCAGGGGCUGAGUGACCACACCAUCGGCUAAAGCACUCCGUCCAACUGUAUCCCUCCUUGUCUUGCCCACAGCAAAUUCUGAUGGAACUGAGAAGAGGACUCAUGGUUAGGAAGGGUUCCCCGGGCCAGGCCCUUCCUAACUGGGGUGUGAACUAGGGAAUGGUGGGAUGGAGACGGGAAGCCAAGGGCAGUGGAAGCGUCUGGUGUCACGGAAGAACAUAGGCUAUCAGGGAGCACUGCUGGUAGGGAGGACUCUAUGCUCCUGCUCAUCGAAUCCAGCCAGGCUGGGAAGGGCCCAGGAGGACCCCAAGAGGAAAACGAGGAGAUGGAAGCAAACAUUGCUAUUUCUGUAUAAUUUAUAUUUUACUUAUGCCAGAUUAUUUAUGUUUGCCAUUGCCAUACUGCACCCGUGUCAAAUGCUGCCGCCGCCCAAGCUGUGAUUUCUAAGAGGCUUGUCUUUCUGUAGGACACACCACAGGCACCCUGAAGAAGGUGGUUUGGGGGUGAUGCCAUACAGUCCUCCCCACACACCCCUAUACUUCUGCAAAAAGUAGUUUUGCCUCAAGCAGCCAACCCUCCAUUUUGUGCUGGGCCUGUCUUGUGCAGAUGUGGAGGACUUCCUUCCCGAUGGGAAUGUCGAGUAGGAGGAAAGACUGGGGCGCUGUGGCCAAUCUCAGUGUCCUCCUCAUGGCUCCGUGGAGACGUGUGGCCUUUUGAAGCUGUUAUCAUGCUGGGGGGACUGUGUGGGAAGUGUGAGCCGUGACCCUUUGCUGCAUCACCUCAACCACUGAGUGAGGCAGGCUGGUCCUCAGACGCUCAUGCUGGUGCUGGGGUCUCCUGCCUUCGUCUAUCAGGUGGUCCCAACACCCUCCAGAGUGAGAGGUGGAACUGAGGCAUGUUGAAACGAAGCUACUGUCUCCUGUGCCCAGAACUCAGGGUGCUCCGUGGAGGCUCUGCUCAUCCCCAUGCCCCCCCAGCUAAAAUUCCCACUCUCUGCUUUCCAGAGCCCAGGCCCAGCAUACGCCUCUCACAGCUGGUGGUCUGUGGCUGCCAAACUGCGCUUUGAAACACCCUUGGUGGAUUCUCUGUUUAAAGCGAGGGACAGAGGAUGCAGCUGUCGCAGAAUUGGGACCAGUCAAAUCUCUGUGUGUGUGUGUGUGUGUGCGUGUGUUAGAGAGAGAGGUGGACCACUCCACUUUUUAGCUCCUAUUAAUGCACCAAAUGCAAGUGCCUCAUUUCUGUGCCAAAUGUUCACCUUGGUCUCUGCAGACCUCCCUCCCGGACAGGCACUAGUGUGGCUGUCGGGCGGAGCGGCCCAGCAUUCCCUAGAAGCCCGCAAAGGCUCCUGCUGUAAGUUUUUCACCUGUAGCUGGAGCCUACUCAAGGAGAGCUGAAGCUGUGCUAUCCCCAAGAAAUAUCCUCCCCCUGUUUAUAUAGUUUAUAUGCAAAUGUGACCCAAAGACCACAGGCCAGGUCCUGUACCUUCCUGCUGGAGGGAGGGCUUCAUUAGAAAUUAUCAGGCCGGGUAGCCACUAAUAAGUACCAGCCUGCCAGUAAAUUAGAGAUGGCAGGGCCCCCUACCGAGGUUAUCUUGGGAUGCAUUCAAGAACCUCCGCAGAUUUGCCUUGUAAACUGAUAGACCAGGUAUGUCUAGUCAAGUAAAAGUGGUCAAGGAUGUCAGGGAAUUUGCUCCCAGCAAGAGGCUCCCUCAUAGGAAGCUGGCUUCUACAACCUUCCAGGAGCUGGCAGGGACAGGUUUCUUUCUUCCUUCAUGUGUGACAUGCGCCUUCACCAGAACAAGGUCAUGCCCAAGGUGUGCCCUAAGCCGUGUGCUCAGAAACAUAGGAGAAGGAAUAUAAGCCAAGCAUUUUGCCCAGGGCUCUAGUUGGGCACACCCAUAGUGUCCUUGGGAGUAAAUGCAGUGAGUUCAAAAUAACACUCAUCACUUACAGUAGCCAGAGUCCCACUAACCUGUUCAUUAAACAAUCCUGUUUAAUGUUUAAUCCUUCAGUGUUAAGCUGUAACCAUGUUAAAAGCCACAUUGCAUUUAUCCUCAGUGUCAAAGGCCUUGUUAGGGCUCCAUAUAUGCCUUACUUGUUAGCUCAUAUUUUUACUAUUCUGAUAUUGUAAAGAGUAUGUAUCCAGUAUGUAAAUGAAUGUUCUAUAAUUCCUUUGUAUAGUCAUUUUCUCUGUUCUUUAAAUAUCAUCCCUAUUCAGAGUAUAAUAAAAGAAAAUAUGACAGUAA